AUAUUUAAGCGGAUGCAGGCGUCGGGUCCCAGAGCAAUUCCAUUUCUACGUCCGUCGACGAUGGUUAACCAAAAUCCGCACCAAUAAUCCAAUUAAACAACAUCGAGAAACAUUUUAAAAAACAAGCAACGCAAACCGACUCGCGAAUAACAAUGCAUUUGCCCCAAGGAGCAUUAAGUUUUCUGUUCAUCACUUGCAUGAUGUUCGCACUGGCAGGAGGCCAUCCAUCAAGCGACAAGCUAAAAAUUCGAAUACACGUGCCAGUGAAGCACCACACGCAUGUACACACGAAGACGGUCAUUAAGAAGGUCCCACUGCCCAUUCCGGUGCCGGUCAAGGAGCACCACCACGAACCGAAAAAGCACCACAGCAGCCGCAGCCACCACCAUCACGAGGACGAGCUGGAUGACGACUUCGAGGGCUACGAGUAUCCCAUCAAGGCCAAAAGACGUACGCGGCAUCCCUUUGUCUGAGUUUCUCGGAAAGGUACCCCUCGGAAAGCCCCCCGGAAAAUACCACCCACAACACAGCGGGGAAAAUGAAAUCAAAUGAAAUACAAUUUACGCAGAUUAAGACCAAAAUAAACCAAAAUACGAGGCAGCUUGAGUACGGAUACAUAAAGGACGACCGGAUUUGAAGCUAGAGUCGGAGAAAAAAACAAUAUAUAUAUAGUAUGAAAACAGAACAAUUCUGGGUCUGAUUUGUCACUGUUUUUUUUUUAGUGCUUAAGAAAGAAAUACGAAAAUAUGUAGGAGUUGAUGCAGAAGGAGAAGCUCCAACAUUUCAGUGCAAUAAAAUAAACAAAUAUUAGAUUUAAGCACAAUUUAAAGCCAAUGUCUACAAAGUUGUUUGCUUUUGUUUGGGCUUCUUUGUCUUUGACUUUUUGACAAAGUUUUUCAGUUUGGGAUAAUAAAUAUAUAUGUUUUAUGAGGUUUUUAAACCAAGAAAACAAAAUACAGAAAAUGUGGCGAAGGUCCUAGGUUAAUGGAAAAAUUGUAUUUUAGUUUAUUAAUUUUAUAGAGAGACUUAAGGUCAAGUAAGGCUAAGUUCAGAGUUCAGAAAUAUCAAUUAAAAAUGGCUAUAAUCCUUCUGUUACUAUCUCUAAGCCCUCAAACCUUAUCUAUAUCUCAGUUAUUCUGAUUAUAGUACACGAUUCGCAUUUUACGAGUGAAUAAAACUCUCUGAAUAAAA